ACAAAAAACAAUACUCAAUUCCUUUAUAUAAACCCACCGAAGUUUUGAGAGUUUUAAAUUGAAGCAAACCCACUUCAAACAUUUUCUGUGUGUGAUUUCAUCAAACAUGUGGAGGACAGAAGAAAUUAACAGAGAAUUAAAGCAAGGAGGAGAGUUUGAAGAUAAAGAUUCUAUAAGAAAUGCUUUGUUAUCAGCUGGAACAGCAUUGUUAAUGGCAACUUGCUUGAAGAAAGCUGUUGUUAUGUUCUUAGUUGAGCAAUGGCGGAUCUGGGUUUUCCUUGCUUUAAACCUUAUUCUUGUUGCAAUUUUCUUCACUUCAAAUCCUGCAAAUUACAGUGAAACCCAAAAACAAGAGACAAGUGGUAAAACAAAGCAGAAGAAGACUGAAAACAUAGAGCUCAAGGAGGCUAAAAAAGAAGAAGAUAAAACAAAGCAGAAGAAGACUGAAAACAGAGAGUUCAAGGAGGCUAGAAAAGAAGAAGAUGAAAUUGAAGAAGAAGAAGAAGAAGAAGAAGAAGAAGAAGAAAUUGGGUUAUCAAAAGAGGAAUUGAAUGAAAGAGUUGAAGCUUUCAUUGUAAUGUUCAAGAAGCAAUUGAUUUCAGAUGCAAGAAAAGGGGGAAACAGACAGCUAUAAUAAUAGUAAUAAUAAGAAGAAGAAUAGUCAAUAGCCAAAGCCAAAAAUCUGUUUGGCCCAACAUUUUGGGGAGAAGAUCUGAGGUUGUUGUUUUGUUUGUUUUCUCUCUUGCUUGUUUGGUGAGUCUCAAGAGCUUCAAAAAUGUAAUCUUGAACCAUAAAUUUUGGAAUAUACCAUCAUUUUUGUAUAAA